AUGGGUGGAAAAAGAGUGUGUGAAGUGUGUGGUAUUAAUGAAAGCCGCAGGGGUGGAUUUUUCGCUAGUUUUCCAUUGGAUGAGAACCGUUGUCGAGCUUGGGUCAAGUUAGUUGGUAAAAAAGAUCUUGUGUUUCUACCAAUAGAGAAACUUCACAAGUUACGCAGUGUAUGUGGGGAUCACUUUGAAAAAAGAGAUUUUAAUAAAAAAGGGAACCGACUUAAAAAAAGGGCAUACCCCAAGUUGAAUUUGUUGGCAGCACCAUUGCCUGAUGAAGUGUUAAGAGAGUUCCCUCUUCAUGUUGCAAGCAAAACUGCCCCUCUUCACUCUGGCACAAGCAAACAGCAAAAUGCAACAAUAGAUGAACACAUUUUAAAUGUUUCAGCUUCUAUAGAAGCUACUCCCGGUACAAGCCAACAACAGACAACAAAUGUUCACACAAACCUCAAGAGGAAUAUUAUUGAUGAUGCAAUAGAAAAUGUAACUAUAAAAAAAAAGAAAAGUGGAAUAAUGAAUAAAUCUUACCAGAGCAUUGAAGUAACAGAUUUAAAUGAAAGA